AUGGCAGCCCUCACUCUCCCAGAACCAUUCGCCAGCAUCCCCCGUGAAUCCUUCCUCUUCGGGCCCUCUCCCAUCCAACAACUCCCUCGCAUAUCCGCUGCCCUCGGCGGCAAAGUCAACGUCUACGCCAAACGCGAAGACUGCAACUCUGGCCUCGCCUACGGAGGCAACAAAGUCCGCAAGCUAGAGUAUCUCGCCGCUGAGGCUCUCUCCCAAGGAAGUGACACCCUCGUCUCCAUCGGCGGCGUCCAAUCCAACCACACCCGCGCCGUCACGGCCGUCGCCGCGAAACUCGGCCUCGCCGCCGCCACCGUCCAAGAGCACUGGGUAGACUGGCACGACCCAGGCUACGAGAAAGUCGGCAACAUCCAGCUCUCACGCCUCAUGGGCGGCGACGUAAGACUCGACCCGUCGCUGUUUGGCAUCGAGCACAAGCCCACGCUGGCGAACCUCAAGGCGGAGCUGGAGAGCGCCGGUAAGAAGCCGUAUUAUAUUCCUGCGGGAGCGUCGGAUCAUCCGCUGGGGGGGCUGGGGUUUGCGAGGUGGGCGUUGGAGGUGGAAGCGCAGGAGAAGGAGAUGGGGGUGUUUUUCGAUACGAUUGUUGUUUGUGCCGUGACGGGGUCGACUAUGGCGGGCAUUGUGGCGGGCUUUAAGCUUGCGCAGGUGAAGCUGGGUUCGCCGAAGCGUAAGGUUAUUGGGAUUGAUGCUUCGGGGAAACCGAAGGAGACGUUUGACCAGGUGUUGCGCAUUGCUAAAUUCACUGCUGCCAAGAUUGGUCUCUCGGAAGACGAUGUGACUGAAGCGGAUAUCGUGUUGGACGACAGGUUCAAUGCCAAGAUCUAUGGUAUUCCGGAUGAGACGACGAUUGAGGCCAUCAAGUUUGGAGCGAGCACUGAGGCCUUCAUUACGGAUCCGGUCUAUGAGGGGAAGAGUUUGGCGGGCAUGAUGGCGCUCAUCAAGAAUGGUGAGAUUGCCAGCGGGAAUGUUUUGUACGCUCAUCUUGGAGGACAGAUGGCUUUGAACGCAUAUUCGUCUAUUUAA